UAGGCAGCACAACCGAUAACAUUUUGCACGUUAUCACUGUUACCAAACAAAACCCAAAACACGGAAUGUGAAUUAUAGCCGCGUUAUAAAUAAGAAAUCCAAAAUGUUGCGGUACAGGCAUGCGGUGCGUCUUAUCCAGAGUCGCUCCUACUCGGCCGGAGCAGCCGGGAGCAGUGGAGGCACUGGCGAUGAAGACAAACACCCGAUUCGGCGAACAUUUCGUUUGCUGGGCAACGAUAUGCGCAAGAUAAAGGAGUUCUUUGUGCCAAAGGACCCGGUUUCCGAGGACCAAGGCGACCGUAUCCUCACCCAGAGCAAAUUCAAGUUUGAGGGGGAGCGUACCCGAGAUCCCACACUGCCGGACGAGUUUCAAACCCACUGCGAUGUGCUGGUUAUUGGCGGCGGCGGUAUAGGCAGCUCAAUAGCGUACUGGCUGAAGGAGAAGGCGCGCGAUGGCCUCAACGUGGUUGUGGUGGAGAAGGAUGACACGUACGCCAAAGCUGCCACCCGCGUCUCCCUUGGUGGUCUGUGCCAGCAAUUCUCCUUGCCUGAGAACAUUCAGAUGUCGCUCUUUGCCGCCGACUUCCUGCGCAACGCCAGGGAACAGUUUGGCAACGAGGUGCCCUUGCAAUUCACGCCGCAUGGCCACUUGUGUCUUGCCGGCGAGGAACAAGCCGAAAGCCUGCUGCGUUCAUCCCAACUGCAAAACGAACUUGGAGCCAGGAACGAGCUGCUGACGGCAGAUCGACUGGCGACACGAUUUCCCUGGCUGAAUACCAAGGGCAUCGCUGUGGGCUGCCAUGGCCUGGAAAAGGAGGGCUGGUUCAACUCGUUGGCCUUGCUCAGCAACUUCCGCCGAUCGGCCAGCGGUUACGGUGCACACUUCGUCAGCGGAGAGGUGGUGGACUUUGACUUCCAUUCCCAAACGGACAUAUCUGUGGUCGGGGAUGCCGGCUCCGACGAGGGCAACUACACUGGCCUGGACAAGGCUAUCAUUCAGCUAUCCGAUGGAACGCGGCGCACCUGCAAGUUUGCCCUGUGCGUGAUAGCAGCGGGAGCCAGUUCCGGGCAGGUGGCUCGACUGGCGCGCAUCGGAGUCGGUCCGGGCAUGCUGCAGGUACCACUGCCCAUUGACGUGCGCAAGCGUUACCUGUACGCCAUCAACACGCAAGCGGAGAAUGCCCCCGGCAUGGCCAUGCCGCUGACUGUCGAUCCCUCUGGCACGUUUAUACGCCGCGACGGAUUGGGUGGCAACUACAUAUGCGGCCACAAUUCGGCGGAGGAGGAUGUCGGCGAUAAGAUGGCGGUGGAUCCGCAGUACUUUGACGAGCAUAUCCGACCCACGCUGGCGACGAGAGUGCCCUCGCUGGGCGAGGCCAAUGUGGUGGACUCCUGGGCUGGCCUGUACGAGCAGAACGUCUACGAUGAAAACGGCAUUGUGGGCGCCCAUCCAUACUACCACAACCUGUAUGUCGCCACCGGAUUUAGUGGGCACGGCAUCCAGCAGUCGCUGGCCGUAGGCCGGGCCAUAUCGGAGCUGAUCAUGGACGGCCAGUUCCGAACCAUUGACCUCUCGCGCCUGAGCUUCGACAGGCUGAUUGUGGACCAGCCCAUGUACGAGCUAAAUAAUGUUCUAAGCUAGGAUUGUUUUGUUUGGUGUGCAUUAAAUGGGCUAAAUGCAUCUAUUAUUAUUAACAAAA